CCUCCCCUCCCUCUGUAGUUCACUUCCUGCUUCUUCUCUUCGCUCUCGCCUGGUCAGCUGCUUCAGCCCUCUGUCCGACGAUAGACACAAUGUCACAUCAAACAGGCAUUCUAGCGGGGAAUGAUGUGAAGGAAAUCUUUGCCAAUGCCAGGAGCGGAGACCAGUAUCGAGCCUUAAAGAUCAUCAUUGAGGAUGAGGAGCUGACACUGGGUCGUACCAGUCAAGCAUCAAAGUCGUGGGAUCAGGAGUACGAUUCCAUAGUGCUGCCUCUUCUGGAGGAUGCUGUGCCCUGCUAUAUUUUGUACCGACUGGACUCCACUAACAACCAAGGCUACGAAUGGAUCCUCCUCGCCUGGUCACCAGACAACUCUACUGUGCGACACAAAAUGUUAUAUGCUGCUACCAGGGCGACACUGAAAAAAGAGUUCGGAGGAGGGCACAUUAAGGAUGAGAUUUUUGGUACCACGAAGGAGGAUUUGAAUCUCAGUGGUUACAAGAAAUAUCUGACCUCGCAGGCGGCUCCUCUGCCCCUCACUGCUGCAGAGGAGGAACUGAGACAGAUCAAACUCAAUGAGGUCCAGACGGACAUCAGUGUGGACACCAAGCAGCAGACCCUGCAGGGCGUGGCUUUCCCCAUUCACAAAGAGGCGAGUGAAGCACUGACGCGUUUUAAGGAAAAGAGAAUCAACUAUGUACAGCUGAAAAUAGAUAUGGAAAAGGAAAUUAUAUACUUGUGCAGCACUGAGCCAACUGAUUUGAAAGACCUGCCAAAGAGAGUCCCCAAAGAGUCUCCUCGAUACCACUUCUUCCUGUACAAACAUUCCCAUGAAGGCGACUACUUGGAGUCUACAGUCUUCAUUUAUUCUAUGCCAGGGUACAAAUGCAGCAUCCGAGAGAGGAUGCUGUAUUCCAGCUGCAAAAAUAACCUGGUUGACAUGGUGGAAAACCAACUCCAGCUUGAGAUUGAGAAAAAGCUGGAAAUUGAAGACGGGAAUGAACUAACAAACGAUUUCCUGUAUGGCGAAGUGCAUCCCAAGCAGCACGCGUAUAAGGAGCGUUUCGCCAAGCCAAAAGGCCCAGCUGGUAAGCGGGGUGGCCGCCGAAUCACCCGGCCACCCGGCGAAGGAGAAGAGGAAGAUUAAAUGAAACCUCAGCACCACUUCCAACCCCCCCCCUUACGUGUUCCACAGUGGAACAUCCCUGUGAUGGGCGACGAAAAAAAUUGUAUUUGACUUUGUUUUUCUUUCCCAACAACCUCAAUUUCUCACCAUGUUACCCUAGCCACCCAACUAUGCACGCCAAGGAGAACUGAGCAGUGACACACAUCAGAUGAUCCAUUUGUAGCUUGCCAAAUGGAAACAUAUUCCUACAUGUUAAUACAUUCACAAGCAGCUUACCUAUAACUCAAGGGGCCCCAAAUAAAAGCUGAGAUAUUUGCUUAAUUGCCAGCUCUGACACUUAGGAAAAAAGAUGUAAGCACCACUAAUGUGAACCUGCGCCAAUAUAAAAAAAAAAAUGCUUAUCGAGUUCAAAUGCUCAAAUUCCUAAACAGCAUUCCUUAAGUCUGUGUCAAAUAUUGUUUUUGUGUCUGACGUGUACAAUAUUCGUCUCCUACUGUUUGCACAACGAGGUGCUCCAAAGCCGAAAAAGAUCUGAAUUAUUCCCACGUGUUGACUCCUUUGUUUUAACAGUGCAUUUUUAUAAAGAGAAAAUUCCUUCUUUUUGAUAUAACUGUGGUUUACAUGGAGAAAAAAAAAAUCAUCUGCUGAGAAACUUAUUUUUCUAUGCAAGUGCUGUAAAUGUACAUAUUGUAGCUGUGUGAUGCUCUAUGAUUAAGAAGCAGUCUGUCUCGUUGAUGGUGGAUUACAGUGGAGAGAACGGGCUUCCAGAAAUACUCCAUCGAUCUAUACAUCUCACAUUUCACUGAGAGGAAGCUUCUAGAAACCCGGUUCCCACAGAGGAAGGAACACCAAGCUCUACAGGAUUGAAAAAGGGAAAACCUUGAUGGAAAAAUUUGCCUCAUCCACUGGUCUACUGAUUAAUAUUUGGCAAACUACUUAGUUCACCUCAUGUGAAGGGG